UCACGACUGUGUAGUGUGUUUACUAUUUAGUAUUUAGCAAAUUAGCACAGGAUUUUACUUUUUUUUAGUGAAUUUAGACUUUAGUAUUUAUCGUUUACUAUGUUUACAUUACAUUAGCUUAAAAUAAAUUUAGUAAAUACUAAUUUCUAAACAAUAUAACAGUCGGUAUUCAAGGAAUUCGCACAAUGAACUAUGAUUUAAAUAAGCCUACUUAGAUUCCAAGUGAAUCUAUAAUGAUGAAGAAAACGGAUCCAAGUAUUAAGAAAACGUUUGUCCGUACUAGUCAGCAAAGAAUACUAGGACAUAAUUCAAAAGUUAUUUAUGAUGUUGAAGUUCAUGCCAAGACACAAACUAGCCAACCAACUGCUACGAAGGAAGAACUGAAUACACCAAAGUUAUGUAGCAGUGAAGCACUGGCCACUUACUUAACAGAUGCCAAGAAAUCUUUACCCCAAAUCUUAUUAAGUGAAGUUUCUAAAGUCGACAAAAUUCAACUUAGUAAUAAAGUGACCAAAAAACUCAAUUUUCACUUUGAUGACCGGAUUUAUAAAAAUUUGGUGCAACUUAAUGCAGAUGUUGCCAAUGUCAAAAAUAAAAAAGAACCUCGUUCUAAAGUGGCUGCAGUUAAAAAGGACUUAGAACCAAAUAUAGAAGACUUCUAUCAUGAUGAAAAAGAAGAAGAUUUGUGCCCCAAAAUUCCUGUAAUAAAACCAAAAUUUAGACCAAUAAGGAAAUUUGAAUCUGGAGAAUUACAUGAACUGACUAGAUCUUUUGAAUUAUUAUAAAGUUUAACUGUCAAUUGAAAAGCACAAGUAGUGACAACGGUUUUACUAUAACUUAACAUUCAUAUUUAUCUUCUUUCAGUACCUAUUUUGUCAAUUUUAUCAUCAGUGCUUCUUUAUUAAAUUUAUUUUAUGUUGUAGCUGCCAAUAUCCUCGGCCACUAAUACUGAAAAGAUUCAAUCUGCAGCAAUUGCAAGAAAGACUAUAAAGAAGAGACUGUUAUCAUAUAGCAGAUAUCACAUAUAUUAUGUGAUAUCUGCUACUACCUCUGGGCAUCUGAAUAUAUGCUUAAACUAUA